AUGUCCCAAAGAACAUUAACUUUUGUUACGGGUAAUAUAAAGAAAUUAGAAGAGGUUAGAGCUAUACUGGGAAACAGCUUUCCUUUAGAAGUUACUAGCCAUAAAUUAGAUCUUCCAGAAUUACAGGGUGAAAUAGAAGAGAUUUCUAUAAAGAAAUGCCAAGAAGCAGCCCACCGCAUAAACUGUCCUGUUUUUAUCGAAGACACCUCAUUAUGUUUUAAUGCUUUGAAAGGUCUGCCGGGGCCGUAUAUUAAGUGGUUUUUGGACAAACUACAUCCGGAAGGAUUACACCAACUACUGGCUGGAUGGGAAGAUAAAUCUGCAGAAGCUGUAUGUACAUUUGCCUACUCACCUGGUAAACCCAAUGAUGAAGUUUUGGUAUUUCAAGGAAGGACUUCUGGAAAAAUUGUCUCUCCAAGAGGAACAAGAGACUUUGGUUGGGAUUGUGUAUUUCAACCUGAUGGCUAUGAUAAAACAUAUGCUGAAUUGCCAAAGGAAGAGAAGAAUAAAAUAUCUCAUAGAUAUAAGGCACUAGAUAAGCUAAGAGCAUAUUUUGUUCAAAAUCAAAAUACUGAAGUAUAA